AUGCAAGCAGAGGGAGAGUAUGAGUGCAUCUUUGUCACCGACAGCGAGGAGGACCCUGCCGUGCCCCUCCUGCACUCUCUCAUCGCUGCACAGAAGAAGGCGACAGGCCGCGCUGCACGCAUCCUCUUCUCCGGUCAGGCGCAGAAGACCAGCCAGAAGAUCCACAAUCUGCUGGCCGGGAUCGAGGCGGGCAUGGGGACCAGCGACUACACGCUCUGCCUGGAUGACGACGUGCAGCUCCCCCCCCGCCUGCUGACCUGGCUGGUCCGCGACCUUGCCUCCGAGCCCGGGGCCUUCAUGGCGACAGGGUACCCCUUUGACAUCCCACCCGCCCGACCCUCCCUCCUCUCCUACGCCGUGCUGUCCUACCACCUCCCCCUCGUCAUCGGCUUCUCCCUGUCCCGGAAGACCAGCUUCGUCUGGGGCGGCUGCAUGCUCUUCAGGUCGCCGGCCUUGCGCUCCGAUUCAGCCGGCCUCCUGGAGGCCUGGCGGGAUGGCGGCUACUCCGACGACCUCAUCACCGCUUCACUCUGCAACGAGCGCGGGCUGGGCGUCAUCUGCCCGCCCUACGCCGUCUUCCCGCAGCGCAUGCCCACCCGCUGCGGCGGCGCCGGCGCGUGGUGGAACUACCUCCGUCGCCAGCUGGUCGUCCUGGACACCUACGCCUCGCCCGCCAAUCGCCGCACCAAUGCCGCGCUGGCCGCCGCCCACUGCUACUGGUCUUGGGCCCUGGUGGCGCCGGCGGCGCUGUUGGCCGCGCGUGCGGCCUGCUGUGGCGCGCUGGGCGUGCAGCGCCUCGCAACCGGCACCGCAUUACCCAUCGCCGCCCCCGUGCUGCCCACGCUGGCCGCGCUGGCGCUGGCGGUUUCCUGGGCGUAUGCCGGGCUAGGCCUGGGGGCCAUGACGGCUCGGACCCUGUCGCUGUGCGAGGCGCUCAACCCGCGCCUGGCCCCUGGGGGGCUGUUUCCGGUCUUCUCCUGGGGCCACGUGGCCGCGGGCGUGCUGCUCAACAAUGCGGCCGUGCCGGUGUGCAUGGCGCUCACCUUCUGCACCUCCCACGUCACCUGGGCCGGCAUCCGGUAUCGGAGGAAAGGGGGGCGCGUCGUGGCGGUGGAGCACCCAGCGCCGGCGCCGGCGGGCGGGCCUACGCGGCGCGGCGGCGGGCACGGUUGCCGGCCGACCGGACGCGGCGGUCGCGAGGGCAAACGGAGGGAGGCGCGUGGUGCAGCACAGCAGGAUGACUGCGAUGCGCGGUGA